UGUAGCUCGCCGGUUGCAAAAGGCCAGUCCAGUUUUUUCUUUCCUUGAACAAGAACAGAGAGUGAAGGACCUCACUUGACCCCUCUAAGACCUUCUGCUCUCAAAGAUAGUUUCCAAUGGUGCUUGGGGAAACUCUUCAUUGGAUAAGGAUCCUUCUGUCAUAUUAUUACAAAAGGCUGUAGUAGGACACGACGUGCCACUUCCUGAGCCAUCUACUGGGUGCUGUCUUGCUAACACUUCAACAUAUGUCACUUCAGGAUCCACGCUCUGCUACGUGGCUCUAUAAUUCUCUCCUUCUAAUCAUCCUGCCCUUUUUAUACCCCCAAGAACCCAAACCCUUUCCUUCAGCAAGCAAGCAAGGCUUAGAAUCUUCAUCUCGCCCAACCUUAGUGUUUUACACCUCAGACAACAUUUCUCAUCACUCCCAUCAUGGCUGUUAGAUCAAUGGGUUAUUGGAAAUCAAUGGCUAGUCGCUUAAGAGGAACGGCGACAUAUGCAACAUCAACCCCACCAAAACUGAAAUAUGCAGAAACAGCUGAUCAAUUCGGACAUCAGUAUCAUCAAGAAAGCAAGCACAGCAAGAAGGUAAGAGGUGACUUUGUGCCAGUUUAUGUAGCAAUAGGGAUGAUAACUGUCUCAAUAUCUCUUGGUCUUUACACUGCCAAGCAACAAGUACUGUAUGCACCGAAUGUUCGUGUAAGGAAGAAGACAAGAGAGACUGUACCUGAAGUGGUUGAUCCUGAUAAAGUGGUGGAUGAAGCUGAUAAGUUUAUCAGGAAAUCUUUCUUCAGGAAAGUAGCACAUGUUCAAGAGUUUGAUCACAAUGGGCUCCAGUAUUUGCCUGAUCCUUCUCGUAAAGACGUUUUCGCUCAAAAGCCUCGUGCUGAGACCCUUAAAGAUGUUGGGAUUGAUCCUAAAUCACAGCUUUGAGCUGUUCUGGAAAAAAUGCAUCUCUUCUGCUCUCUUUUUUUCCUUUUUUUUUUCCAUUUCUGAUGUUCUUUCUUGGGGUUAACCCCCUGCUUGUGCAGGAGGGAGGGAGUAUGUUGGACCUCCUUACUUAACCUAUGCGAUUGUAAAUACAAGUGAUUAAAAUAAAGUCUAUUGCCCAAAUUCUUCUAAGACUUUGGGCUCAGCCUUUAAGCUUUA